AUGGAUGGCAGCGAGUACCGGGGUCCAAUCAACCACACCAGAGAAGGACUUCCAUGUCAGCGGUGGGAUGAACAGACGCCAAACUCGCACCAGUUUGUAGAUCCUGAUAUGUUCCCAGAUACCACCCUAUGGCAGACACAGAACUUCUGCCGUAAUCCAAACAACGCUCCCGAAGGACCCUGGUGUUACACUAUUAAUGGGACAGGAUGGGGCUUUUGUGACAUCCCUUCAUGUAAAGGAGGAAAAACUGGUGCUGGAGCAAGCUUAACCAUACGCCCAUCGUUAGACAGGGAAACAGCAAACUUCACGGCACCCACCGGCCCAGGCUACUCGGGAGAUUUGGCUCUUGUGGGAUACUUCAAAAUUGAGAGAAGCAAUGCAUCUUUUCAGUCUGCCUCCGCGAUAUACGCUCAUAACUUCAAAAUUGUAAAUUCCUUGGUUGAAAUGUGGAGUGGUGGACUUAUAAUCCUUCAGCAAGCAGUUCUGCACCACAACAGCUACAUUGAGUUGCCUACUGUUAUUAAUCUUAUAGCCACGGAGGACAUCGUCUUGGACUCGGGAUCAUUGUACAAUGUAACACUAAACAUCGUAUCAUCUGGGCAGGUUACGUUUCAGUCAAACUCUAUUUCACACUCCGUCAUUAACAUUGAAACCAACAGCUCGGUGAUAUUUUCAACGACUUUUUUAGGAAUGUCCAACAUAACUUUGGUUUUGCCAGACAAUUUCACUGCGGAGGAUGCCACGAUUGAAGAAAAUAGCUUUAUGUUACAUUGUUUUAUCACAUACGUCAUCAAUGGGAACGUGACUACAGUUGUAAACAACCCGUCCACUACCACUUCCACCACCACCACCACCUCCACAACAACUACUACUACCCCCAGACCACCUACUACCACAGAAGAAGAAAAAGAAAUCACAUCUGAGAAAACAGAAACCACAUCUGAGAAAACAGAGACGACGACAGAAAAACUUUCUGGGGAAACGACUACAGAAGCGGAAGAUACAAAUAAUUUAGGAACCACUGAUCUCCCAGAGACUACGACUAUGGUGUCUAUAAGCGAUGGACUUGAUAGUUUGAAUGACAUAGCGUCUGGAAAUCUGACCACAGACGAAGCCGUGGCCGUCAUGAACAAUCUUGUAACCACGCUAAACUUCAUGAGUUCGAAUAAGAACGCGACAGGCGCCAAUACAACGAAGGCCGAAGCCAGGGCCGCUAAUAUUCAGGCGCGGAAGCAAGUGGUGAACGCCGUUCUCUCCAUUACUUCUGCCAACUUCUCCGGAUCUAUUGGUGAUAUUCAAAACCUUGCUGGAGUACUAAGCGAUGUUACUCAGACCCCCGGAGAGUUGGAUAAUGACGCAAUGACAGUAAAAUGGUGA